AUGACAGCCCAGUACUCUGUAAAUAACACAAAGCAGGAGAAGCCAGAGAACAUCAAUAAACACAGUAGUCAAGAAAUCUCGGGGAAUGUCUGGCUUAAAAAAAAAGUUGAACUUCGUAAGAAAGAAGUAACAGAACUGGAGGUUCCUAUUCACCAUCUUGAAGAAGAAAAUUUGCUGUUUAUAAGUCAACUAUUCAACUGCAGACUUGCAGAUCUCAAAAUAUCCAGACCUCUGUUUCUUACCCAAGCAGCUGGCCUAGGAGAGCAAAAAGAUUUUCCUGAGGAAAUGCAGUCAGAAUCAGAAUCCUUAACAAACAAACAAAAAAAUGAGAAAGAGCUUUCCUUGUUGAAUAGAUUGUCCUUUCUUUAUGACGAUGCUAAUGAAAAUGUAAGUAUCAGAUUUAGUGCUUCUGAUCUAAGUUAUUUGCUUUAUGAAGAUGAAAAGGAUUUCAAGGAAUAUACCGAACUGGGCCCACUGGAGGUGAAGCUUACCACUAUAGAGGGACAGAAAAAGCCUAUUCAUGAAGAAGUGCAAGAAAUGACCAAGAAAGACUGGGAAGAUGCUUGGAAAACAGAAUUUUGUCACAUGUAA